AUGUCUGAAGAUAGUAAAAGCAAAAAUGCACGGGAUAAGCGAAAACGAAAUGAAAUGAGUAGUGUAAGCAAAAGUGACACCAGCAUGAGUGCAACACCAAUUAAAAGUGACAAGAAAAAACAAAAACAUGAAAAACAAAACGAAGAUUCAAAUGAUAAUACAAUGAAAAGUAUUCAAACAGAACUAAGGCAAAUCAACAAAAAGCUAGAAAAUGUUAUGACUAAAAAUGACGAAACUCUCAAAACGCUGAUCAAAGAAACAAUACAAACUAUGAAAGAAGAACUACUAGCCUCAACAGAGAAGAAAGUGGAAAUACUUGAAGGUAAACUGUUUGAGAAAGAAAAGGAAAUUGACAAAAUGAAGACAGAAUAUGAUAAAAUGAAGGAAGAUAUAAGCAGGUUGAGCAAGGACAUGUCUGAUCAAAAUGCAAAUAUAGAUAGAUAUAAAUAUGAAAUGAGAGAUAAUGCUUUGAAAACUGAUGAAUACCUUAAUGACUGUGAACAAUAUAGUAGAGUAAACAAUAUUCGAAUUUUUGGUAUUCCAGAAGAAACAUUUCCUAAAAUACAAGUUAGAAAUGAGAAAAAGAAACUUGAUGAAAACAUUGACACUAAACCAGCAGAAAAAGACAUGAGUGAAAACAGCGAGAGUGCAGAGAAGAAAAGUGUGGAAUCAAACCACGAUACAUACGCCAUGAAAGUAAGUAACACCGAGGAGGAAAACGAAAAGCAAGUAUCAGAAAACGAUGAACAGACGACAGAGAUAGUAAGGAAGAAACUGAAUGAAUAUGUACCGGGUUUAAACCUCAAACGUGAAGAUUUUGUCAUCAGUCAUAGAAUUGGGGCAAAAGGUGAUAAACCAAGGCCGAUUAUUGCUCAGUUGAAAUCUAGACUAGAUAAAAACAAAGUAAUGGGAAACAGAAAGUUAUUUCCAAAAUCAAUAUCCAUAAUGGAUGAAUAA